AUGCCAUUUGGCCUGAAGAAUGCUGGAGCCACCUACCAGCGACUCAUGAACAAAAUGUUCUCUAACCUGCUAGGAGACUCUAUGGAAGUCUACAUCGACGAUAUGCUGGCGGAGAAUGAGCUCCUAUCUCUGACAAAUCAUGCAUCCACCAAGUGGACCCUAUAUGUGGAUGGCUCAAGCAACAUCAAUGGCAGCGGACUUGGAUUGCUUCUCAUCUCCCCAAAAGGGGAUACUUUGCAACAAGCCAUACGAUGCGACUUCAAAGCAACCAACAAAGAGGCCGAAUACGAGGCACUGAUUGCUAGGCUCUCACUCACCAAAGGAAUAGGGAUCAAAAAAAUAGUAGUGAAAUCCGACUCACAGCUAAUGGUGAAUCAAAUCCAAGGCUCCUAUCAUGCACAGGACCCCAAGAUGACUUUGUAUCUAAACUUGGCUAAAGAACUCCAAUCAUCAUUUGAAGAGAUCACAAUCACCCAAGUCCCGAGGACCAAAAACUCCCAUGUAAACGCCCUUGCAAAUCUUGGCUCGACCUUGAAAACCCAGUAUCCAACAAUUAUCCCCUUGGUAUACCUAUAUGCAUCAGCCAUUGCCUCGGGUUCGGUCGAAGUCACUCUAGUCGGCCCAGACAACUCGUGGAUGACACCCGUCCUACACUACUUGGAGAAUGAUGAACUACCCAAAGAUAAGAAUAAAGCAAGAUGGCUCAGAGCCAAAGCGGCACGGUCUACCAUGUAUGAGGGCCACCUACUCAAAAGAUCAUUCUUGGGACCAUACCUCAAGUGCAUCACUCUUGAAGAAGCAAAGCACAUACUUGCAAAGCUCCACGAAGGCAAGUGUGGCAACCACGGCCGAGGGCGGAGUCUCGCCAACAGAGCAUUGAUAGUCAGCUACUACUAG